CCACGACAGGGCAUAGUAUCACAGGAACUCCAACACCAAUACCAACAACCAACCCUUCACGAUACCAACACUCGGCACGCUCAACAGAUCCCCAAAAAACAUCAGAAUAAAUGUCUUCCAUCACUCGGCAAUCCCUCCUCAAAGCCUCUGAAUCAUUUUGCACCGCCUUCGCCUCCCAAUCUUCUCCCUCCGAGAUCCUUACCAAGCACUUCACCCAAAACAGCAAUGACAUCAUAGUCUUCGAGCACGGUCUGCCUCGCUUGGCGCCCUUUCUGGGCCGCGAAUACAAGGGCAAAGACGGAUUUCUGGACUACUUCAAGACCAUUGGGGAGCAAUUGAGUUACAAGGACAUGCGGUUUUCCGAUUACAUUGUGGAUACAGAGGUGCGCAAGGUGUCGGUGAGGGGAGAGGCAGUCUUCACCAACAAAAAGACGGGGCAGAGCUGGGACGAGGUGUUUAGAUAUGUCUUGGAGUUUGACGAGGAUGCGAGGGUGAAAAUGUAUGAAAUUUGGGCUGACUCGGGGGCUGCGUAUCUGGCUAGUCGGGGAGAGUUGUCUUGAGCAUGCUGCGUGUUUCGAGUUAGGAGACUGUCGUUAUCAAAACAUGACUGCUGCUCUGGCUCGUAUUAAGGUAAACAACGCUAGGCUUUGAUUCUAUCAAGACAUCAACCUCUCUAACUAGACUCAAUAACUAAGAAAAAAGAAGGAAUACAGGCUAGUAUCCCAAGGUAUCAAGAACCGAACAGCAUUUAAC